AUGGGCUCCCAGGCACAGCGCAUUCGCCUCGCCAUCAUCGAGGCAGACACGCCGCAGCCGCAGACGAAUGCGCAGUAUGGCGGCUACGGCGGCGUCUUCACCUCACUCCUGCGCCUGGCCGCGCUCUCCUCUGAGCCGCCCGCGCCGCUGGAGUCGAUCCUCGAUAUCUCGGUCUACCACGCCGUCGGCGACGAGGCGGUCUACCCCGAGCUGGACUCCAUCGACGCCAUUCUCAUCUCGGGCAGCAAGCACAACUCCUUCGACAACGACCCGUGGAUCCUGAAGCUGGUCGACUUUACGAAGAAGUGCAUCGAGAGCGAUAGGGUGAGAGUCAUUGGUGUCUGCUUCGGCCACCAGAUCAUCGGCCGUGCGCUCGGGGUGGAGGUCAAGAGGAGUGAGCUGGGCUGGGAGGUGGCUGUUGUCGAUGUGAAUCUUACGGAGAAGGGCAAGGAGCUGUUCAAGUUGGAUAAGAUGCGCAUCCACCAAAUGCACCGCGACAUUGUCACUGCCAACCCUCCUGGCGCGGAGUCUCUUGCCUACACCGAUCUCUGCCCCGUCCAGGGCUUCUACGCGCCAAAGAAGUACAUCACCGUCCAGGGCCACCCCGAGUUCACCGGCCCUAUCGUCAGUGAAGUUCUCAACGUACGCCACAAGGCGGGUAUCUUUAGUGAUGAGAUGUUUACCGAUGCUAUCAACCGCGCCAAUAUCGAGCACGACGGUGUUGCUAUUGCGAGGGCUUUCCUGCGCUUCUUGAGGGAAUGA